AUGGUGCUGCUGACGACGUCGGACAACGAGCACUUCACCGUCGAUCGCGAUGUCGCGGAGCGCUCUAUGCUGAUCAAGCAGAUGAUCGAAGAUAUCGGGGAGACGGACCAGCCGAUCCCGCUCCCGAACGUGAGCGCGAGCGUGCUCACCAAGGUGCUCGAGUACUGCAGCCACCACCGGCACGACCCGCCCGCGUCCAGCGACGAGACGGACGAGAUGCGCCGUCGCGCGACGGACAUCUCCGAGUGGGACGCCAAGUUCAUCCAGGUCGACCAGGAGAUGCUCUUCGAGAUCAUCCUCGCGGCGAACUACCUGGACAUCAAGAGCCUGCUGGACAUCGGCUGCAAGACUGUCGCGAAUAUGAUCAAGGGCAAGCAGCCCGAGGAGAUCCGCAAGCUGUUCAAUAUCCAGAACGACUUUACGCCGGAGGAGGAGGCGCAGAUCCGCCGCGAAAACGUACGUGCGCCCCUCUCACCGCAGGAAUGGGCCGAGGACCGCUAG